UGAGAUCUGGUCACAUUGUAAUUUUGCACAUAUUGUUGUUUAAAUGGCUGCGAAAACAAUUGCUGCCGACAAAACGGGGGACUGUCAAGAACCGCAGGAAAAAUCACACAAAGCGGAUGCGACGACCCAUGAACAUGAACCGGUGGCAAGUGGCGACCAAGCGGACGUUACCGACACAUCGCCAGGGGGCAUUAAAAGCGAAACAGGAGGCGGUCGCAAACGUAAGCGACAUUUGUUUAAUUCGAUUCGAACGCAAAUGGAGUUUUAUUUUGGCGACGCCAAUUUGAGCAAGGACCGUUUCCUGCGACGUUACGUGGAGCAGGAUCCAUAUGUGCCGCUUGACAUAUUUCUUACAUUCAACAAGAUCAAAACACUCACCCAAGAUGUGCAACAAAUAUCGCGUUCGCUGUCCAACUCACAGCUGCUGGAGCUGGACAAGAGUGGACUAAAAGUGCGUCGCAAGACGGCGCUGCCCGUGCAACGGGAUGUCAACGAUAAAACGCUUUAUGUGGAAGCCUUGCCACGCACAGCAACCCACGAUUGGCUCAAAGAAGUCUUUAGUCGAUAUGGUGCCGUUGCUUAUGUAUCGCUGCCGCAUUAUCCGGGCACUCGCAAGAUCAAGGAGUUUGCCUUUAUUGAGUUCGAGAAGAGCUCGGCCGUGGAGAAGGCGGUGAAAGCAUUUGCCCAGGUGCAAGGUGUGCUGUCCGUGGAGCACACAGAUCCCGCUGAUUUGGCCAGCAUUCGUUCGUUUCAACAGCAACAACAGCAAAAGUCAGGUGCAGAUGUCUCUGAUGCAGCAGCAGCAGCUGCUUGUGCAGAGAUAACUCUGAAGCGGGAAUGCGACAAAGAAGAAGCCCAUGAUGGAGCCGUGUCCGCCAAGCGUGUGAAGCUGGAGGCACCGCAGGAGCAAAGCGAUCAAACUGCUGGCUUGGAAAGCACAGAUGCCGAAAUGUCGCAACAAAGCGAAACCGAUGACAAUCCCGAGGAUGCUGGUGAUGAUCGUGCUGGCAAAGAGAGCGGCGGCGGCAGCGAUGCAAAGCAGACGCAGCAUAAGCGACGUCGCAAGCAAAAGAAGAAACCGCUGCUGGACAAGCACAAGCCAAACAUUGAGCCAAGCGCCAUGGAGCUGAAGGUGCUGCCCAAGAGCAGCUGGUGCAGCAUGCGCAAUAAAUAUCUCAAUCUGCAGCGACGCAUCAUCAGCGAGGCGAAGAGCAAACUGUGGCGCAGCGGUGGGGGUCAGCAGACGCAUCUUGGCAAGAGCAACACAGCACUGCCUCAAUUGCAGGCCCAACAUCAUCACCACCAGCAGCAGCAACAACAACAACAGCUAACCGAGAUCAAGGGCAACAGUGUCGCUGGCUCGGGCGUGGUUGUCGCCGCUAACAGCAGCAGCGGUAGCGUCGGACAUGAGGAAGGCGAACCGCUUAGCGAUGCGGGUGAUCACCACCACCAUCAUCAUCACCAUCAUCAUCAUGCCGUUGCUGGAGGAGGCGACGUGCCAGUGCCUGCCAAACGCCGCAAGCGCAACAAGAACGCCGCUGGUGGUGUACAUAAGAUGAAUAUGAAUUUCUAUGGUGCCGGCGGCAGCGAAACGGAUGACACCGCAAAGCUGCCAGCCAAGGCCGAGGAACGGGCGCCACUCUUCAAAUACGAGCCGGGUCUGAUAGUCGAGUGUGCACUGCAUGAGCCAUGCACCAAUGUCAAGGAUUUCAAGGCCGAUAUGCGACAAUAUGCGGACAUCAAGUAUGUGGACAUCAAAGAGGGCGAUCAGCUGGCGCAUUUACGCAUGUCCACCCCCGAAGCAGCCGAUGAGUUGGCCCACAAGUUGAGCUGUGCUGAGAUGCAGCUGAAGGUACUGCGUGGCCAGACGGAGCAGCAAUAUUGGCGCAAGAUCGAGCAGGAUCGCGAGGCGAAGCUGACGAAGAAGGUGCGUGUGCAGCAGAAGCGUGGACGCGAAAAGUUUGCCAAGCUGCUAGCCAAACACAUCAAGUUCGACGAUGCUGAUGACGAUGAGGUAGCCGCUAAUACAACGGGAGGUCCAAAUGGAGGAGCAGCUGCAUCAGCAAGCAACAAUCUAUCCGCUGAUGUCUAACAAAAUAAAUAAAGAGGAAGAAAACAAAGACUUCAAGUUGUUUUGUAGUACAACUAUUUACAAAAACAGGCAACGAAAAUAAUGAACAUUUUUCACUUUAUUAAAUGAACUAAACUAAAACAGUUUUAGAACAUCAUGUUUCUAAAUUUCAAAUCGAAA